AUGACGGAUAUAAAUUUAAAUGACAUAAAGUCUUCCCUUUCUAUUGUUAAUGAUUCUUCCAAUGAGUUGAGGAAUCAAGAAGAUGAACCAUCAUCACUUUCACCUUUGCCUGUUUCACCAAUGAAUAUACAAGGCCAACAAGCAAUAAUGGGUGCAGUGAAUCAAGAAUUAAUAAGUGAGCCAAAUAAUAGAAAUAAUAGUGAAACUCUUAAUAAUAACAAUAAUAAUAAUAAUAAAAAUAAUAAAAAAAAUAAUAAUAAUAAUAAUAACAACUCAAGCAGUAACAACAUAAAAGAAACUGAUGGAAAUAAAAAUGAUGUCGAAAAUGAAAUUAGUGAAGUUGACUUUGAAGGUAGUGAAAAUGAAAAUGAAAACAAAAAUACAAAUCAAAAUGAUAUUAAAAAUGAAAAUGAAAAUGACAAUAAUAAUAAUAAUAAUAAUAAUAAUAAUAAUAAUAAUAAUAAUAAUAAUAAUAAUAAUAAUAAUAAUAAUAAUAAUAAUAAUAAUAAUAAUAAUAAUAAUAAUAGCAACGAAAAUGAAAAUGAAAAUGAAAAUGAAAAUGAAAAUGAAAAUGAAAAUGAAAAUGAAAAUGAAAAUGCAAAAGAAAAUGAAAAUGAAAAUGAAAAAGAAAAAGAUAAUGAGGAUAAUAAAGAAAGUAAAACUUCACCACCACAAAAAAUUAAAAAUUUAGAUGAAUCCAAUAAUAAUAGUAAUAGUAAUAGUAAUAGUAAUAAUAAUAAUAAUAAUAAUAAUAAUAAUAAUAAUAAUAAUAAUAAUAAUAAUAAUAAUAAUAAUAAUAAUAAUAAUAAUAAUAAUAAUAAAAAUAAUAAAAAUUUAAAUGGAGUUAUAAAUGAAAAUAAAAGAAGUUUAGAACAACCUGAAGAUUUUGAAGAAUCAAUUUCAAAGAAACAAAAGAAUUUAGUUCAUACACCAUCAAAAGUGAUACAUUUACGUAAUUUACCAUCAGACUGUACCGAUCAAGAGAUAAAAAGUAUGGUUGAACCAUUUGGUGUUAUUGAGAAUUUAAUUAUUAUCAAGGGUAAAAAUCAAGCAUUGGUUCAAAUGGUAGAAUUAUCAUCAGCAACUUCAUUCAUUCAAUAUUAUACAACCGUUCAAGGUUCAAUUAGAUCUAAAAUUAUCUAUGCUCAAUUUUCAAAUAGAAAAGAGAUCUCACCUGCAAAGGAGACUCCAAAUUGUAUUUUAUUAGUCACCAUUAGUAAUUAUUUUUAUAAUAUAACCAUUGACGAAUUAUUUAAAGUAUUCUCUCACUAUGGUACAAUUUUAAAAAUUUUAUUAUUUACUAAAUCUGGAAAUUAUCAAAGUUUAAUAGAAAUGAAAACACCAGAAGAAGCUACAAAAGCUAAAAAUGUUUUAGAUGGAGUAAAUAUUAAUAAUAGUUGUAGUUUAAAAAUUCAAUAUUCAUCUUUGACAAGUUUAAAGAUUAAAUAUAAUAAUGAAAAAUCAAGAGAUUUUACUGUAAUGGAUCAUCAUUUAAUAGAUCCAACUACUGGUUUAACUCCACCUGGUUUAUUAACUCCACCAAUUCCUGGUUCUUCAUCUGUUCAAAGAUCUACAUAUGUUAGUCCACCACCUUUAAUGAUGGGUUCACCUCAUAAUCAGUCGUAUCAACAUCAAGCACAACAAUUACAACAAGCCUAUAAUAGUACUACAAAUAGUAUUCAACAAUUACAUCACAAUGGCCAAAUUGUUCAACAACAACAACCACUUUCACCUUUAGGAAUUUCACAAAAUUCAUCACAAAUUCAUCAUCAAUUACCAUAUACCACUUAUCAAAUUCAACCAAAUUUAUAUCAAAGAUAUCAAAUGGUUACUCAACAACCAUAUGCUACUUUUAAUCAUUCUUUCAAUCCAACUACUACCACUACUACUACUACAACAACACUACCACCACCACCAACACCAACACCAACUACAACAACACAAUAUUUAAUGCAACAACAACAGCAACAACAGCAAACUAUUCAUAACACCAUUGGUAGACAACAAACUACUUCACCAUCUUUAACUGCACAAGCAUCUUCAACACAAAAUGGUUGUGUUUUAAUUGUUGCUGGUUUACCAAUAGAGAAUGUUUCACCUGAUGAUUUAUUCACAUUGUUUGGUAUUUAUGGAGAUCCAGUUAGAGUCAAAAUUUUAUUUAAUAGAAAAGAUACAGCCUUAAUUCAAAUGAACACAGCACAACAAGCUGAACUGGUAUUACAACUUCUUCACUCUUUUCCAUUCAAGGGCCAUUCAAUAAGAGUAAACCUAUCCAAACACAAAGUUGUGCAAUUACCAAGACCUGGCGAAGAUAAUGGUGAGUUGACUAAAGACUUUACAGGAUCGCCAAUGCACCGUUUUAAAUUACCAGGUUCCAAAAAUUAUCAAAAUAUUCAUCCUCCAUCAAGUUUCCUACAUCUUUCAAAUUUACCAGACCCAAACGGAGGUGACAUGGCUGAAAUUGAAAAAAAGAUAAAACAAUUAUUUACUUCCCAAGGUGAAAUCAAGUCAUUUAAAUUUUUUCAAAAUGAUAUGAAAAUGGCAUUGAUUGAAAUGGGAUCUUUGGAACAAGCUAUAAAUAGUUUAGUUACUUUGCAUGGUUGCUCAAUUGGUGACCAAUUCGUUAAGGUUUCAUUUGCCAAACCAACAACCAGAAAAUUAAACAAUGUUUUUAACUAA